AUGGCGCAAAACACCGUCGUCUACGAUCCAGACAAUGUCUUCGCCAAAAUACUAGACGGCAGACUCCCUGGUCACAAGAUCUUUGAAACGGAAAGCUGCAUUGCGAUCUUGGAUGCAUUUCCAGCAGUUCCUGGACAUUCACUCUUAAUUUCCAAGGCGCCAGCGGUAACUAUUGCAGACCUGACCGAGCAGCAGGCGGCGGAUGUGCUCAAAGAAUUGCCGAGACUCUGCAGAGCAGUGCAGCAAGCCACGGGCAGCGAUGGCGUUAACGUGCUGCAUAAUGGAGGAGCCUCUGCAGGGCAGGUCGUCUUCCAUUUGCACUUUCACGUAGUUCCCCGUUUUACGGGUGAUGGUCUGUUCUCGCAGUUUGCCAGUGCAAAGUCCAUGAUUGAGCCGGAGGAGGCGAAGAAGAUGAUUGAAAAGAUUCAAAGCAGGCUGUGA